UGGCGAUAGGUUGGGUAUUGCUGUAAAAGUUAGCAAGAAAAAAACAAUGGCCACAACAGAAAAGUGUAUAGAAAAAUUAGCCCAAAAAGCUAAGAAGGCAUUUGUAUCUAGAAGAUUUCAAAAGACGAUUUGGAUUUGUAGAGAUGGACUUCAAACUUUGCAAGCAGCAGACAUCGAACAAAAUGCACAACAUUGGAAAAUCUGUCUCGGGAUCCUUUCCAUUCAGGCUUUUGUCGAGAUGGGGGAAAGACAAAAAGCUGAUCAUUUUGCCACAACAUGGUUUGGAGAGGUAGAAGAUUUUCCAGCAGAGAUCUUAAAGCUAUGUAUAUGCUCCCAUAUUUGGGCAAGUGAGUUUGAAGAAGCUACAAAUCUGGCUGAAUUGUGGCUAUCAAAUAAAAGUAAUCAAGAAAGUGUAGACAUUUAUGCGGGUGUUAUAGAACUGUAUAUGAAGAAUGUUGUCAUACCACACAAGGGAAUCAAGAAAGCUGAAACAUUCAUUUUCAAAAAUCCUGUUCUUCCUGAGUCCAAAAAACAGGAAUUGAUUGAUAUCACACACAAAAGUAGCAAGCAAAAGGACACUUCAAAUAUGGAUUAUGACAAUAAAAAUGACAUUGAGCGAAUAAACUCAGAUGGGAAAGGAACAAAUAAACCUUUCUUUGGGCUGUAUAUAUUACAAAUGCUGAGGAUGUUCAAUGGUCAAGCUAACUCUAAAUCAAUAAUAAAAACAUUGGCUCGAGCAACUAUCCUCUUGCUGUGUUUGUAUUUAUUACUUGCAAGGUCAGACAAUCAAGGCUCUGGACAAGUUUCAUUGUGGAGAGCAGUCCAACAGGCAUGGACAGCCCUCUUUGCACCGUACCAUCUAAUGCAGAGCCAAUGAUAUGAGUAGUGCCCCGCCACUUAGUAGAGAAUCGCUUCUAUCUUUGACUAGUGACAUAUGGGGACAAGGAGGCAAAAAAGUCUCUACCCUCUCCAUUUGGUCAUUAUUUCAAUUUAAAUCCUAAGUUCUGAUGGGGAUCAUACUCGUGUUUACCCUGGGUAACAGCUUCCCGGAAAAAAACGUUUCACUCAAAUCUUUGUUGCAGCGAAGCUCAGAGCUUCUGGUACCCAGGGUAAUUCAUGUUAUUUUUCCAUAUACUUAUAUUUUUUCAUUAAAAGGCUAGAAAUCAUAUUUUUAUAAGGUGCUAUUUUUACUCAUAAAAGGGCUUCUUGGGUGAGAAUUUCUGAUGUAGGUCAUAUUUAUGGAAGAAUGGCCACCGUAAUUACAUCACUACAAGGGUUAGGUUAUCAGCCGUAAGGAUCAGCCAAAACACAGACACCCAUAUCACAACGACUGGUACUCAUUGAAGACAAAAUGCUCCAAGCAUUGGACACCACAUCAUAAAUCUCUAUAGUGUCUUGUAGUGCCGUGCCAUCGUACCCACCGACAGCACAUAGUUUCCCACCAAGGAUACUUCCUCCCACAUAACAUCUCUUGGAUUGCAUGCUGGCUACCGGUCGCCAUUGGUCUGUACAUGGACUAUAACACUCUACCGUUGCUAGGUGAUGGUUGCCAUCGUAACCUCCAAUGGCAUAAAGUUGACCAUCAAGUACUGUAACUCCAGCCCCUAAAAUAUAACAAAUGCUGAUGAAAAUCAGCCAUAAUGAUUUUAUUAUUAUUUUUAUUUAUUAUUAUUAUUUUUAUGUGGAAGUUUAAAACAUGCAUGGAAUAAUUGCUUAAACUGUGAAUGCUCCACAAUUGUUUGAAACUGUUGUUUAGGGUUCUUUUUGAUCUCAAAUCUUACAGUUUUAGAAGAGAUAAUUUCCCAUGUAAUAUUCGGGGUAAAAUGUACCGUCUGUGUUUUGGUUUGUGGAAUUCAAACAGACUUGUUUCCCCAGUGAAAUAUAAAUUUAUUUGGAUGGAUAGACAUUUUUGCUGAGUCUUCAAGAAUAAAAUGAUUUAAGAUGU